CAAAAGGGUAAUUAUAAGGGGAAAGAAACCCACAAUUAAAAAAAUCCAUACCAUCCAUCUGUAUAUUCCUUUUCUGAUAUGUUUCAUCAAAAAUAUUGCCCAAUAUGCUUUCUUCUCAAUUAAACUUUAAUGAAAUAAAUUGAGAAACCCUAGAAAUAAAUUUGAGGAACAAGACUCGUGCUUUCUCACUUCCGUCAAAUUUGACAUUGCCGCCGGACGGGAGCAGCCUCCGCCACCGUCACCACUGCCACGACUGCUCCGCCACCCCGCCCAGAUCCCCAAUUCUCCACCACUCAUCUCAUAGCAUGGGUUUGCUGCCAAUGAAAUCAAUUGAAAAAUGAUAGAACAUGGAAUUUCUAGUGUUGCAAUCUGGGGUAGCUGUAUUUAUUUAGAUCAAGCAGCUGCUUGCUGGCUGAUAACAAUAAAUUUAUAAUAAGCAUAUAAGAAGAUUGACCGGUAAAUGGAGUGUAAUAAAGAUGAGGCCACUAGGGCAAAAGAGAUUGCCGAAAAGAAGUUCUUGGCAAAGGACAUGUUGGGUUCCAAAAAGUUUGCUUUGAAGGCUCAAAAUUUAUUUCCUGGACUUGAAGGUAUCCCUCAAAUGCUAUCAACACUUGAUAUAUAUAUUUCUGCUGAGAACAAAAUAGGUGGGGAGGCAGAUUGGUAUGGGAUACUUGGUCUGGAUCAACAAGCAGAUGAUGAAACUGUUAGAAAACAAUAUAGGAAGCUUGCUCUUAUGCUUCAUCCUGAUAAGAACAAGUCCAUCGGAGCUGAUGGUGCAUUUAAGCUUAUUUCACAAGCAUGGACUUUAUUGUCUGAUAAAGCUAGGAGACUAGCCUAUGACCAGAAGAGGAAGGUGAACAUGAGCCAGAAAGUUCCUAAUACAAGUGGGGGUUCAACAGCAACACCAGGGGUGAAUUUCACAAAAUCCACAAAAUUUAGCAAGCCUCCGAAAAGUACCAGUCGAGCAGGUCACUCCUCAAAUCCCACUUCAGCUCACAAGCAAAAACCCAAUACCUUUUGGACAGUGUGCCAUCGGUGCAAGAUGCAAUAUGAGUAUCUCAGAGUUUAUCUUAAUCAUAAUCUUCUAUGCCCCAAUUGCCAUGAGCCCUUUUUUGCAAUUGAAACACCUCCACCUCCUUCAAAUGGCUCUAAGUCGUCAGCUGCAUGGAACUUUUCACAGCAACGACAUAAUUCAAAGAAUCACAAAUCAAAUAAAAAUGCUUCUAAUCCGGGAAAAAGCAGUGCUGCUUCUUCAAAAGCAGGAGCUGAAGGGCUCAAUGAUUCUGACUCACAUAACCAAAACAACUUUCAGUGGGGUCCAUUCUCAAGAACAGGUGGUCCUUCAACUGCUACUCAAGCAGCAACUGUGGUACAACAGGCCUACCAGAAAGUGAAGAGAGAACGUGAGGAAGCACAAGCAGCCACCAAGAGAGAGGAAGCUUUGCGAAGGAAGAAUCACUCUAAGAAAAUGAGUGGUUCUUCCUCUGCAGGUCCUAAUGCUGCAAAGAGGAGAAGAGGUGCCGAGGAUGCUGGUUUAGGAAACUCUGGAAGGAGCUCUAUAAAUCAGAUGGGUGGGAAAACUGGAGCUGUGAAGUCUUCUGGGUCUAAGCAGGUUGAUUCUGAAACUAGCAGAAGGGCUGUUCCCGAACUUGAAUUACAUAAUUUAUUAAUGGAGAAAGCUAGGAAGGAAAUUUGCAAGAAAUUGAAGGAAUGGAGUUCAGCCACCAUAAGUAAACCUGUGACCAAUGAAGAGGAGAUUCAGGACAGAAAGACACAUGAGAAAGAAGGCAAAGCUUUGAGAAACAGUGACAUGCAACAGCAUGAUCAAACCAAUUUAAAGGAGCCAGUGAGUACUAAUAUUGGUAAAACUGAUAAGGAGCUUCGUGGGACAUCAUCUAGUGUCAAUAUAAAGGCUGAAGCUUCGGAAAUAAUGUCAAUAAGUGUUCCGGAUCCAGAUUUUCAUGAUUUUGACAGGGAACGAACUGAAAAGUCUUUUGGAGAAAAUCAGGUUUGGGCUGCAUAUGAUAACGAUGAUGGGAUGCCUCGAUAUUAUGCCUUUAUUCAUAACGUCAUCUGUUCUAAUCCAUUCAAAAUGCGCAUCAGUUGGCUCAACUCAAAAACUAACAGUGAAUUGGGUCCUUUAAAUUGGGUUGCCUCAGGUUUCUCAAAAACCUGUGGCGAUUUUCGUUUAGGUAAACAUGAAACUAAUGACUCACUCAAUUCAUUCUCUCACAAGCUUCGUUGGUCUAAAAGCGCAAGUGGAAUCAUCAUUAUAUAUCCCAGGAAGGGAGAAGUUUGGGCCCUUUAUAGAAAUUGGUCUCCUGAUUGGAAUGAAUUGACAGCAGAUGAUGUAAUACACAAAUACGACAUGGUGGAGGUCCUUGAAGACUAUAUUGAGGAACUAGGAGUGACCGUUGUUCCCCUUGUCAAAGUUGCUGGUUUCACCACAGUUUUUCAUCAGCAUUUGGAUCCUGGGGAGGUCAGGAGGAUUCCAAGACACGAAAUGUUUCGUUUCUCUCAUCAUGUUCCAUCGUACCUGUUAACUGGUCAUGAAGCUCCUAAUGCUCCAAAAGGUUGUCGUGAACUGGACCCAGCUGCUACACCCCUUGAGCUCCUUCAAGUAAUAGCAGAAGCUAAAGAGGAAGAUAUUAUGGAGAUUGAUGAAAAAGUUAAGGAAGAUAAUGUAGUACAUAGUGUCGAAAAGUCUAAUGACAAUGGGGUUGCUGAGAAUUUAAUUAAGGCCGGCAACAAAGGGAAGAGAUGUUUCGAAGAUACUGAGGUAAUAAAACUCGAUGAAAAUGCAGAAGAAAGCAAAUAAAGAGCGGUGAGAGAGCAUGGCAAAACUUCUGAUGUUGGUUGAGUCAUGUGACCUUAUUUGCACAGAAUUAUGAUCUGGUUCCACAUUUUUUAAGCAUUUUGUGUCUUCAGAUUGCCCGAGGCCCCGCCAUUUGUUUCGAAUAAGUCAUGGAAAAGCUCUUCCAGUAAUUCUAACCUUAUACUAUUGGCAACUUAAAUAUAGCAACUCUAAAAGUUACAUGUUAUUGUUGCUGUCUUUGAGUUGCAAAGGAGGCCCAGUUCAAGGAUAUAUGGAAAGAUCAAGGCUUCACCAACAACAAUUUUGUUAUCUCACACUGUUCCUUUGUGUUCUAUUUAUUGGCUUUGGUGAUCUUUUUCUUCUAUAUGAUGUUUGCUUAAUUCUUAGGUUAGAUCUGACUGUAAUAGAUCUUGUAUAUUCUUUCAAAUCUGCUUUUAGCAAUUUAGUACCCAUUGUUAAAUUUGAUUAAAGAUAAAAGUUAUAGUGUAGAUAUUGAUAUUGAUAUCAUUUGGUUUACAAAGUGUGUAAAACCCAUGUUCAUGAAUUACAGUGUAGUGUUAUUAUUAUUAUUAUUAACUAUUAUUUUAUUACUGUUGCAA